AUGGGUGACUGGAGCUUUCUGGGUAAUAUUUUAGAGGAAGUUAACGAGCACUCUACGGUGAUCGGCCGGGUGUGGCUCACGGUGCUCUUCAUCUUCCGUAUCCUCAUCCUGGGCACUGCUGCGGAGUUUGUGUGGGGUGAUGAGCAGUCAGACUACGUCUGCAACACGCAGCAGCCUGGAUGUGAGAAUGUGUGCUACGACGAGGCCUUCCCUAUCUCCCACAUCCGACUGUGGGUGCUGCAGAUCAUCUUUGUGUCCACGCCAUCGCUGGUGUACGUGGGCCAUGCUGUGCACCACGUCCACAUGGAGGAGAAACGCAAGGAACGUGAGGAGGCAGAACUUAGUCGGCAGCAGGAGCUGAGUGAGGAACGUCUCCCUCUGGCACCCGACCAGGGAAGUGUCCGCACCACUAAGGAGACCAGCACGAAAGGAAGCAAGAAGUUCAGGCUGGAGGGCACCCUGCUGAGGACCUACAUCUGCCACAUCAUCUUCAAGACACUGUUCGAGGUGGGCUUCGUGGUGGGCCAGUACUUCCUUUAUGGCUUCCGCAUCCUGCCGCUGUACAAAUGCAGCCGCUGGCCCUGCCCCAACACGGUGGACUGCUUUGUGUCCCGGCCCACGGAGAAGACGGUCUUCAUUAUCUUCAUGCUGGCUGUGGCCUGCGUCUCUCUCUUCCUCAACUUUGUGGAGAUCAGUCAUUUGGGCCUGAAGAAGAUUCGCUUUGUGUUUCGCAAGCCAGCUCCGGCCCCUGCCCAAGGUGAGGGGUCGGCCCCGUUGCCACCCCAAGGCAAGAGCCUACCCCCCUUGGCUGUGCCUUCCCUGCCGAGAGCAAAAGGUUACAGGCUGCUGGAGGAGGAGAAAGCUCCUCCAGUGACACACCUCUACCCACUGGCUGAGGUGGGCAUGGAGGCUGGCAGAGGAGCCCCACCCUUCCAGGCGCUCGAGGAGAAGGCAGAGGAGGUGCUACCCAUGGAGGACAUCUCUAAGGUGUACGAUGAGACUCUUCCCUCCUACGCCCAGACCACUGAGACAGCAGGGGUGACAUUACAUGAGGAAGAGCCUGAGGUGGUGCAGCCGGCAGAGGUGGAAGCAGAGAAAGUGGAGGAGGUUGUUGAUGAGGAUGUGGAGGUGGAAGAGGCAGUGAAUGGGGAGGGGGUAACCCCAGCCGAGGCAGGGACGGAGGCUACGGAUACGAUAGAAGACACCAGACCAUUGAGCCGACUGAGCAAAGCCAGUAGCAGGGCCAGGUCAGACGAUCUCACUGUAUGAACCUGUGAGAGUGAGCAGAAGUACACCUGCACACACCAAAAUGUUAACAAAAAACAGAGAGAGCACACACACACCUAAGUUAACGCACACUCUUGAACAGGCAGGUCAAAACCAAGUGGAUGAACAGCAAAAUCAACAGGGAUAGAUUAAAAACCAUUAAGGCAACGGCAAAAACUCCAAAUAAAUCUGAGUGUUUGUGAUAAAAAUUAAAUACCAUAAAAAGUAGAGGUUAAAGAGGGGAGGAAUAGGUUUUUUUAUAAAGCGUGUUCUUAUAUUUAAAUAACUGUGGAAAGGACACAUGCAGGGGGGGGAAAUGUUUUUACUUGAUGAAAAUUCAUGUUCAUUUUUGGAAACAUCUUUUUCUAUUGAAAGAGUUUUAAUCAUAUACAAUGGAGGAUUAGACAUUUUUACAUGGGGUUUGAGUAGA